AUUCCUUUUUUUACAGAGCGAGGGUAUGAUCCCUACAACCCAGAGCUUCCCAGGGCCUCGCUGGAGACGGAGGAUGGCACCCUGGCUGACCUCACAGACGUGACACCCGGAAUUCUGGAGCUGGAGCUGGUCAACAAGGCCAUCGAGGCUGUGAAAAAUGAGGUGGAGAGAGAGCAGAAGAAGUACGAGGAGCUGCUGGAAACCACGAAGGAGUUUGGGGCCUCGGAGGGCUCCUCGCUCCUCUCAAACUCGCCCGUGUCGGCUGCUGGGACUCAGAGUGAUUCCUUUGCCUCCUUGGAGUACAAUCCAGGGAGCUACAACUUCAACAAUAACUCAGACUACAACCCCACCCCUCUCACUGCUGCUGGCCGGUCGAGUAAAUACACCCUGGACUCGUCCCGAUCCAAAGGGAGCGCUCUGGAAUACAUUCCCAAGGCUGUGGUGCAGAGUAAAAAGUACAGCAGCACUGUCACUAACAACAAGUACGUGAUUGAUGACUCCAAGCCUUCCACAGACUUGGAAUACGACCCCCUUUCCAAUUACUCAGCCAGGCUUUUGAGCAAAGCCACGAGCAAGGAGCCCAAGGGGUCCAAAAGGGAGAGGGUGGCUGAUUAUGAGGAAUCCUACUCUCCCUCACCCAAGAAGCUCUGUGAAGACCCCGAUGACUACGAGGUGUUUGCCAGGUUCUCCUCCUCCGAGGAUGAGGCUGAUGUGGAAUAUAAAACAGCUUCUGGCAGUUCACCAUCCAAAGCUGGUUCUGAGAGUGAGUCAAACGAGCUCUCCAGCAAAGAGCCGAGCACCAAACUGGAUAGCAAAGCCCAGGAGAGCAAAGGAGCAGCCCAGCGUGGCAGGGAGGACCCUCCCAGCUCCCAGAAAAACCUUGCCAAAAACUUACCAGACAAGAGCACAAAAGUGGUGAAACUGUGCUCUGGUAAGAACAGCCAGGAGACUGAAAAUAAAAACAAAGACUCAAAAGACAAAACAAAAAAGAAGAAAUCGGACCUUAGUAAGGCACCAGGCCUCGGUGAGGCCGGGAAGAAGGAGAAGAGUAAAAGUACAGAAAAAGGCAAAGUGCUCAAGAAAGAAGAAAAACUGAAAACCAAGAAUGAAGAGAAAAACUGCAAAGAUAAAAGUGUCAAAGUGAAAACAGAUGGGAACUUAAAGAAACCUGAAAAGCAGAAGUCAGAAAGAGCGGAUGGGCUCAAGAAGGAAAAGUCCAAGUCCAGCAGCAGCAGCUCAGGAAAAAGCAAGAGUGAGGGUGUGAGCAAGGGCUCGAGCACAGAGAAAGGGGGGAGCAGCAGGAAGGACCCCCAGAGCAAAUCAGGGGAGGUGAAAAAUGGGAAGGAAACCUCGGUUUCCCCUCGGAAGAACAAGGAGAAAGGGCCCAAGAGUGUGGGAGUGGAGAGGAAGAAGGAAAAGGUCAGUCCUGUGGGCAAAGGGGAGGCGAAGAAGGGCCGGAAGCAGCGGAGCUUGAGCCACGUGGACCUGUUUGGGGACGAGAGCGGGGAGGACGAGGCCGAGGGCCGGGCUUUGGCCUCCUCCCUGCGCGCCCCCAGCUCGGGCUCGGACGGGGGGGACUCGGGCUCGGGCUCGGGGAGCAGCAGGGACAGGGCCCGGCAAGUGAAGCGCUCCAGGCUGUCCAGGUCCCCGUCAUCGUCCUCCACCUCCGACGACAUCGACUACUCCAUCCUGGAGAAGGACGUGGACUUCGAGUCAGACCCCAUGGAGGAGUGUCUCCGGAUUUUUAACGAGUCCACGGAUGUGAAGACCGAAGACAAGGGAAGGCUGGGGAAGCAGCCAUCCAAAGAGGAAGCCAAUGAAGAAAAGGCAGAAGAUAAUUUAACUACCUUGUUUCCUGGCCAGAAAAGAAGGAUCUCUCAUCUUGUCAAACAAGGAAAUGCAGAGGCCCCGAGCAGGCCCGUGGUGCGGCCCUACCGUCCCCCCACGGCCCAAGAGGUGUGCUACCAGAGGAUCCAGCUGGCUCAGCAGCAGGCAGCACAGCUGGUUCAGAAGGCCUCUCUCUCUUUGCCAGGAGAAAAGAGGAGGAUUGCCCACGUGCCAAAUGCCGCCCUCACCGCAGCAGCCAAGCAAAGCCUUGGGAGCAGCAAGACAGCUGUUGCUGGCAGGAGUGUCACACCUUCCAAUGACUCUGAAGCCCCCACCCUCCCUCUCAAGGCUUGCACCUUAGCUGGGAUGGCUUCCAAGACCACCAGCACCAUCGUGCCCAAAAGGGUAGCCCACGUUCCCUCCUUGCAGAGCCCCAGCUUACAGAGGCCUGUUAUUCCCACAGAAUUUGGUGCUAAAGUCCCAACCAACAUUCGGCAAAGAUAUCUCAAUCUCUUCAUCGAUGAGUGCCUGAAGUUCUGCUCCUCCUCCCAGGAAGCCUUUGACAAGGCUCUGUCAGAGGAGAAGGUGGCCUAUGAACGCAGCACCAGUCGCAACAUCUACCUGAACGUGGCCGUCAACACCCUGAAGAAGCUCAGGAGCCUCGUGCCCAACUCCCCAUCCAGCACCAACAAGACGAGUAACAAGAAGGUGGUGUCCCACGAGGCUGUGCUGGGGGGGAAGCUCGCUGCCAAGACAAGCUUCACCCUGAACCGCUCAGGGAGCCUGAGAGCUGAGGAUUUGACAGGAGCUGCCCUGUACCGGCGCCUCAAGGACUACCUGAUGAGUGAGGAGCAGCUGAAGGAGAACGGGUACCCGAUGCCUCACCCGGACAAGGCCGGCCGGGCCGUCCUCUUCACUGCAGAGGAGAAGAAAGUGCUGGACUCCUCCUGCAGGAUCUGCUGUCGCUGUGGCACCGAGUACAUGGUCUCAGCCUCGGGGAACUGCAUCCGCAAGGAGGAGUGUGUCCAUCACUGGGGGAGGCUGCGCAAGCAGAGAGUGCCAGGUGGAUGGGAAACUCAUUACAGCUGCUGCUCAGGAGCUGUGGGCUCACCAGGCUGCCAGGUUGCUAAACAACAUGUCCAUGAUGGGAGGAAGGAGAGCCUGGAUGGCUUUGUGAAGACUUUUGAGAAGCUGCCUACGACUGAUGGGUACCCUGGGAUCUACGCCUUAGACUGUGAAAUGUGCUACACGAAGCAAGGGCUGGAGCUGACAAGAGUAACUGUGAUCAACUCGGACCUGAAGGUGGUGUACGACACCUUCGUCAAACCAGACUCCAAGGUGGUGGAUUAUAACACCAGAUUCUCAGGUGUGACAGAGGAGGACCUGGAGAACACGAGCAUCACCCUGCGGGACGUCCAGGCCGUGCUCCUGAACAUGUUCAGUGCAGACACCAUCCUGAUAGGGCACAGCUUGGAGAGCGACCUGUUUGCACUAAAGCUGAUCCACGGCACCGUGGUGGACACAGCCAUCGUGUUCCCCCACCGCCUGGGGCUGCCCUACAAGCGGGCCCUGCGCACGCUCAUGGCCGACUACCUCAAGCGCAUCAUCCAGGACAACGUGGAAGGCCACGACUCCAGCGAGGACGCCCGGGCCUGCAUGGAGCUGAUGGUGUGGAAGAUCCGCGAAGACGCGAAGGUGAAGCGAUGACUCGCCCCGUCCCUGUCCUGCUCCUCCUGCGCCUCCGUGAAGCAGUGCAAUAAUUGCUCAGAGUGACACUGUCCACCCGUGCACAGCAGCAUGCUCAGCAUUCCCCGGCCCUCCCAGCAUCCAUGGGACCCCUGCACUGCUGUGGGCACGGCUCAGCUCACACCCCCUGCCCGGGCAGGGCUCUGGGACCCUCCUCGUGCUCCCCCCGGGGCACUCUCGGCUCCAGCAGCUGCCUUGUGGGCCCAGCAAGGUGGUUUUGAGUAGCACAGCCAGGGAGAACUCGUUGGUUCCUAGGAGAGGCUUGUAGAGGUAGGUUGGAUAUGUGCAGAAGGAUCUUUUUGGUUCAGUUAAAGGUAGAUCUCGUACGUUUGUUUUUUUUCCAAGUGUAGCUUCAGUUGCCUCUGUGCUCCAGAGCUGGUUGGUUCCCACAGUGUUUGGAGAUGGGGGAGGUGGAAGGAGGUCGGGCAGGAAGCUGUGAGUGAGUGGAUUGCAGAGUUGGUGUGUGGCUGGGAGGCAGGAGCUGAGGAUCAGGCACCUGGGAAGAGAGAGCCCCUGUGGAGCUGCAGGAGGGGGAGGCUCUGAGCAGCAGGAGGGAGAGGAACGAGGUGGGACUGGGGAAUUGCCACGUGCUGUGACCCAGGGGAGGGCUGGCUGGCACCUGGUUCUGCAGGGCAGCCACGGGUGUCACACCUUGCCCAGAGCUCAGGGAGCCGUGUGGUGACACAGGGACAAAGCUCCCAGAGCCAGGCAGGAGAGCAGGCCCCCUGUCCCUCCCCAGCCCUGAGCUCCCAGCAGGUCCCCAGCGAGCUGUGCAGGGAUCAAGGUUUUGGGGGGACUUGGGUGCAGCUCAGAUUGCACCUGAGGGUGGCCUUGGCCCUCUGCAGGACUCCCCACAGCCUGUCCCUCAGGCAGGGACUCUGUGCAGGCAGGAGCAAAAGCAAUAGGGAAAAAUCCUCCUUUUAAACUGGUUUACAUGUUGGGUGGUUUGAGAAGAGCAAAGGACCCCGUUGUUGCCUGUCUGGCCCCUGCAGAAAAGCAGCUGCUGAGAGUGUGACUGUCACCCUGGUGUGACUGGGGCAGACUGGGUGGCACUGGUGGUCCCUGCACCCAGACUGGGGCUGUCAGGGCACAGCAGAGCUCAGUGGGACAGUCCCCAUGGAUGGGGUCUCUCAGCUGGGCUCAGGCAGCAGUUUUGCCCUGUUGUCAGAGCAGUGACCCCCUCACCACCCUGGUCGCACUGGAGUUGUGUCCCCUGGGGGCUGCUGUGGUCCCCAUGUCCCUGCCAUGGGCUGAUUGUGUCCCUCUGGGGGCAGAGGGGCCUGGGACCUGCUGGGGUUUGGUUCCUGUCAGAGCUGGGUCCUGCUCACUCCUUUGUACCCCGCUGGGCUCAGGGUUUGGGGACGUGGUGAGUGUCCCCAGCACACCCUGCUGGCCUGUCCCACCCCUGGGGAGCAUGGCCUGGGCUCUGUGCCCUGGGCAGGGGUGGCAGAUCUGCCCCAGCCCCUCCUGGGCUGCAGGGGCUGUUGUGGGCACACCCAACAGGGUCUCCCAUCCCACUGCUGCCCUCGGAGCGAGGAGGGGGCUGUUCUGCCAAAUCCUCCUGGAGCCACCAGGAGAAGUGGGGGCUGUGAAGGUUCCUGUUGCUGCUGAGCCCAUCUGUGCUCCUGUUCCUUACCCCAGGUUUUGGGAAUGCAGCUCCCUGCCCCAGUGCUCCACAUCCAGCCCUGCAGCCCUGGGACAGCUUGGCCUGUCCCCCUCUCCCAUGUCCUGCUGGGAAUGGUGCUGUUCCUGCCCAGGCCGUGGGACAGACAUAGUUCAGUGCUUCCUGACCAGGGAGGGAAGGUUUGUUCCUGCUUCUGCCUCCUUUCCCAUGUUUAUCCCCCAUUUAUCUUCACCCCUGGCUGCAGCCAUGGAAUGUACCUGGAGCAGCCACUCAUUUCAGACCUGGCUCUUGCCUCGAGGUUCCCCCGUUCCUUGACAGGCAGCCCCCUCUCUCCAGGCCUCCCUCAGCAGCUCCUGCCCUGGAAAAGCUGGAACAUUCUAACAUGGACCCCCCGAGGCAGGAGCUGGUUGCUUGGCUUGAUCCCACUGCCUGGGCUCGGGGGAGGCAGGAUGUUCCUCCAGGCAGGAAUCCUGCCAGGCCAGGAGAUUUCCCCUUCCUUUCCCAGCUGGGACCCCCUGAAAUGAGGCUUCUGGGGUUGGUGUGUGGGGAGGUUGCCU